AUGAACAACUCGCUACGCCAAUGUGCCGUAGAGCGACGUCUGCUUCUCCCAUAUCAGUAUCGUGACUCCACAGAUCAUGCCUGUUCGUUAUUCAGCGACAAUCGUGUACUUUUACACACAAGAAGAGAAGUGAUCGUUAUCAGAGGAUUGAGCGUCACCAAGAAACUAGUCUAUGAUCUGGACGUAUUGCUAGCUACUUAUACCCAAUUUCCAGGCCAGAAUGAUAAAGCUGACGAAUCUGAGUGCCUUGUGGUUUGCUUGCAGAAGGCAGCUCAUAUUUACUACGAUGAUGGAAAAUACUACAACUUGAGUUUCCCAUUCAAGGUCAAGUCUGCAUUCAAAUUUGAAGCGGGUGUUGUCUUGGAAAAACACUCGUCUGAUGACACCUAUGUGGACCUGCUGCUCCCAGCUCGUCAAUUGCAUGUUGCUAGAUUUCUUACCCUUGUCAGUCCAAUGGGUGAAUAUCGCACAAUCAUGUCGUCGUCAACCUCUGUUGUUUCGCCUCACGAAGAGCUAUUGUGUUUUCCUCAAGUCGGGGUCCAGAAAAGGUCGUCCAUAUGUGCCACGUUCAACUCGUAUGAUAACACUCUCCAGCUAUAUUCGGUUCGUUCAUCUUCCCGACCCUCUGCAUCUCGGUCUGGCUCCUUGCUGAACACUCGACCUCAGAAACGAAAGCAUUCACUUAUAGUCACACCUACAGCGUCUCGCAUUCGAGAGGAGGACCCUCUGGAACUAUCUCAUGUACAUAGCCUGCUGGUUGCUCAUCAGGCGUCGAUCAAUAUGGAAAAGAAGCGUACCAGUACCCUAUUGCUGGAUGCUUCUUCCAUGGCAAGAAUGGGUUCCAUAACGUCUGAGGGUGCUUUUGGUGACUCCAAGGUAAAACCUCUUCCUCCUUUUUUCAAUACUUCUUUGAAUUCGCUACAAAAAGAUAUGGUGCUAACCAAGAUGGAAGCAUUUGGAGUUAAUGCUACCAAUAGUGAAAUACGAGUUUUCAACCUCCAUUUCGAAAAUCAAGACGCAGCGGUACUUGUGAGGCCGCACAAGGAAGUUCGUAUCAUUAUAUACGAUCAAUUCGUCCUGAUGCUUCGUUUUCAAUCGACAUAUACUAUCAAAUGUGUUGACUGCAUGCCCCUCCAGGGUCCAACAAAUGAUGGUUUGAUUCUUGUGCUCAAAGAUGAUACAACUCUCGCUUUGGUCAACCCAUUCUUGGAUCUAGUUUCGGCACCAAUCUUCUUGUCGAACGAAGACGGCCGCACCUUCACUUCUAUCAGCUCCACAUUUGGCGACCAAUUCACACUCAAAACAAACAAGUCGACUCUAGCGACCUUUAAAAUGGUAUUGAGUCCGAAUAAUCAUUUAGCAAGCAAGUGUCUCUUUGCUUUCAAAUAUUUGUCUGGGUCGAAAAUCAACCACUUGUUCUGGAUGCUAUGGAGAACUGCGCUCUCUCUUCUGGUAACGAGAGACGAAUGGGAAGCAUUCAUUAUUGCAUUAUUGGCAGCAGUCUAUCCGUUUGGCAAGCCUGACUCUACCACUUCAAAGCCAGUAUCUUCUAAUCCAAUCACAAAUCUAUUGCCGAUGGCUGAGAAGAUUCAUCGAUAUUACGCUUUGGACACAUCUUUUGUCGAGUUGGCUCCAUAUAUCGUUCUCUCGCUACACUUGAUUCGUGAGGAGCAGCGACUCAACAUACUUUGCUCCAACGAGGUAUGCAGGCUAGGUGAUUUGUUGGUUCAGUUGGUCACUUGGAUGGGUUGGCCAGAAGAGUGGAAGAGCUACUAUCUUGUGAAUAAGCCUUUCAAGCUCGACAAUCCCACGAGAUUUUUGCUGGUUUGUUUGAUGGAACAUCCACCUAACUUGUUUCAGUCGUUAGCAAGCUUGUUCACCGGCCAGAUUACUCGUUAUUUAACAUUCUCUCAACUUGUUGAAGAAAGUGGAAAUGUGGAUGCACAAAUUAUGCCCAGGACUAACUUGAUCUUGAAGAUAUUCGAGCUCAUAGUAUCACCACAUUAUGGUCCCAGUGAUAUUAUCGACUUGAUUUGUGAAGACGAAAUUACAAUGUCUGACUUGAAAACUUUACCCACUGGAAUUAUGCUCCCAAUCAUCGAGACUAUUAUGGUGUGCCAAGAGAAUCCCGUAUUUGAGUGGACUAAGAAGGCAUUGGACCUAGUAGGAAGAAGAGACUUGAGUCUGUUUCUCGAGAACAGCAAUAGCUGGUAUUCGUCGUCGCACUCUAGUUCCAUUGCAAACAGCCAACAUUUCGUCAAGGAUAUGAACCACAUACUAUUCAACAUCCUUGAUAAAAAUGAUUCGGUGAUUGCGUGGGAUGGUCAAUCUGAAGCCGACAGAAUUAACGUUACGAAACUCGUCUUCGAUCAAGAUAGACGCUACUACGAGAUUACAACUAUUCUUCAUCAGACACGGACCCAAUCGGCGACUUUUCGACGACUGGAAGACAUGAGUGAAUAUGACUAUGUGGUUCAGCUGCGUCAAUUAGCUGCUUUAGUAGCGCUUCGAACCCUCACAUUGCCUAUGGGUCGAGCAGCAUUAUUCUAUGCAAGCAGAAUGCCUCUUUUGACAGAGAGAUUUCCAAUUCCCAAGUUUAACUUUAACACCUGUAUUUAUCCCUCGAUGAACAAUAUCGUUCUUUCGAAGGGAUCCAUAUCAGAGGAAACAUCUGAUUGGGGAUACUUUCACAACGGUGUUUCUUCUGGCCUCAGCAUUAACAAAUCGUCGAAGGGUAUCACAGGCAGUUGGAUCAUAUACAAUAAACCACCAGAACUAAAUCUGCAACAUGCCGGCUUUCUAUUGGGUUUGGGACUCAAUGGGCAUUUGAAGCGACUUGAAGAGUGGCACAUUUACAACUACCUUGGACCAAAGCACCCUCUUACCAGUGUAGGGUUAUUGAUCGGAAUGGCUGCAAGUAUGAAAGGCACCUCAGACAAUAAACUUACCAAAGUGUUGUCCAUUCAUGCAGUGGCAUUGCUCCCCCAAGGAGCGAAUGAUUUGAAUGUUCCGGUGAUGGUGCAAACCGCCGGCUUGAUUGGUAUUGGUCUUUUGUACAUGGAGACUCAACAUAGACGAAUGAGCGAAAUCUUGCUAUCUCAAAUUACAGGAUAUGUCAAUCAAAACGAUUCAGAACAAAUAAGUGAAAGUUAUCGAUUGGCUGCUGGUAUUUCAUUGGGAUUUGUCAACUUGGGAAAGGGAAAUGAUUUGAAAGGGUUAAAUGACACUCAUGUGGUCGAUAAGCUCCUUUCCUUAGCUGUAUCGAUGAAGGAUUUUCAGCCUGUACAAGAGCUCGAUAAAUCCUGUAGCGGUGCUAUUAUGGGACUCGGGCUCGUAUACUUAAAGACGGAGAACGCAGCGGUUGCUGAGAAGCUCAAGCUUCCUAGCACAGAGCAAACGCUUGACUAUGUGCGUCCUAUCUUACUAUUAUUGCGAUGCUUCACAAGAAGUAUCAUCAUGUGGAAAUCUAUCAAGCCGUCCAUUUCGUGGGUGGAACUACAAGUUCCCAAGUUCGUUUCUGAGAAAAUAGAGCAGAGCGGUAGACUCAACAGUGAUCAAUUGGGCUACUACAACAUAAUGGCAGGCGCUUGUAUGGCUAUUGCAAUCAAAUAUGCAAGCACCCAGAACAUUGAGGCUCGUGACACAAUAUUUUUCUACCUUGCUUCCGUUACUAGAGCCCUCGAAAGCCUUGGCAGAUCGCCUUCAAACUAUGAUGAAAAGUUAGCAUAUCGAAACUGUCACAGUAUCGAAAACCUCUUGGCACUUUGCUUGUCUGUUAUCAUGGCAGGCAGCGGGGAUUUGGAGACACUAAGGCAACUUAGAAAACUCCAAGCUGCCACCGAUCAACAAAUGAAUUUCGGAAGCUACAUGGCUCUCAAUAUGGCUUUAGGAUUCUUGUUUCUUGGAGGUGGUCAAUAUGCAUUCAGUCUGUCUAAUCUUGCCAUCGCUAGUUUGAUAACCAGCAUGUAUCCAGUAUUCCCGGACGAAAAUAGUGAGAUUGAAGCCCAUUUGCAAGCGCUUCGACACUUCUGGGCACUUUCAGUUGAACCUCGAUGUGUGGUUAUCCGGGACGUCGACACUCGCGAGCCUUGCAAGGUUCCUGUCACCAUAAGACUAAAAAGCGGAGAGAUUAGAAAUUUGGUUUCCCCAUGUUUAUUGCCAGACUUGAAUGAGGUGCUGCUGGUUGAAACUCGGUCGUCGGACCAUUUCAAUAUUCAUAUUGAUUUCCAGCUCAAUUCCGAGUACUUGGAGAUCUUCAAAAAAUCGCUUACACUUUACGUCUAUCGCAAAAGAAACUACGACUUGUUGAGAGCUUCUGUGGAAGGGUUUUUGAAAACCGAAAAUAAAACACUACAGAUUCAAAAUGGAGAGUUUGAAGUCGACCACGAUGUGAAAAUGUUGCUAGAAGAUAUGCAAGUCAGCAAUGGACUCUCCAAGUACGAGAAACAAGUGUGCUUGUACGAAUUCAGCGACCGACCUAAUGAUAUUGAUAACUCGAAUGCUGGGCUUUCGAUCUUCAACAUAAUAGAUGGCAAGAUGGAGUUGGAAUCUAUUGCGUCCAAUCCACAAAAGGCAGAGGAUUUAUGGAACCUCAAGUUGGUGUUUGCCUUUACCGAUCGCAGAUUAAACGACGAGCUGCACUACAUCACCACAGGCUUCAUAGAGCGGCUUAAACAGAAAAUAUGGGAGUUGGUGAACGAAGCCCGGUGA